AAACAAAAAAUAUUUGUGCCAAAUGGAUCCAAAUCAAAAUAAUCUUCUACAAUCUUGGUUGCAUUUUAUGCAAAAUUAUCAUCAUCCUGAUGUUCAAAAUUCUCAAUUAUCAUCAUCACCAACCAAUCCUAAUAUGUUUUAUAGACCUCAAAUGAAUACUCAAGGUGGAGAUCAACAUCCUAAUUUUCAAAAUUCUCAAUUACCAUCACCACCAACCAAUUUCAAUAUGUUUUAUAGACCUCAAAUAAAUGCUCAAGGAGAGUUUACUUGUUUUGAACCUCAAAUACCGAUUGGUCCUAUGCCAGCGUGUCAAGUUCCACAGUUUUCUACUCAAGUUGGUUUUAAAAAUACUAUUGUCGAAGAGGGAGAAGAACAUCAUGGUCGAAAAAAAUCUCGAGAGCUAUUCACAAUGGAUGAAGAUACACUACUUAUUCAAUCAUGGCUCAACGUUUCAAAAGAUUCAAUUAUAGGAGUUGACCAAAAAGCAGAUGGUUUUUGGUUAAGAAUUGCAACAAAUUAUAAUGAGUAUCGUGGGCAGUUGCGAGAGAAAACACUAAGUCAACUAAAAUCUCGAUGGCAUCGAAUUAAUGGUUUCGUUCAAAAAUUUGUUGGGUGUUACAAACAAGCUGUAAGUGGAAAGAAAAGUGGAAGCUCGAAGAAGGACAUCAUGAUCGCUGCACAUGCUUUUUAUUCUCAAGAUACAGGAAUGAAAUCGUACGGGAGAGGUUGUGACCAAUUUGCAGAUGCUCCAGAGUUAGAUGCAACACCAAGAGAACGAAAGUUGUACACAACUCUCUCACGAAUAGUAGUCUCAAGUCGAGAAAUAAGAGCUUUUUGUAUCGUUGCUUGA